AAUUUAAAAAUCAAUUAAUUCAAAUAAAGGAAGAAAAUCUUAACUUAGAAAAUGAAUUAGAUGAUUUACAACAAAAGAAUUUUAAAUUUGAGCAAAAUAAUCAAAAUCUGAGGCUUAAUUUAGCUAUACAAAUUAAAGAAUUUGCAGAAAAAGAAAAUGUUUUCCAAACCCAAAUUAUUGACCUGCAAAAUGAAAAGCAAUCCUUAUUAGUUGAUAAUUUAACUAAACAAUUGGAACAAAAUAAACAAAUUAAUCAGCAAGUUCAAAUUCAAGUUAGUCAGUUAAAGCAAGAAAAAUUUGAUUUACAAAAAAAAUUAACUCAAACAGAAGAUAAUAUUCAAGAAUUAAAAUCUCAGCAAGAAAGCUUAACUGAACAAAAAGAACAAUUAAAAAACAAACUAAGUCAGUCCCAAGUUAAUUGUGAACAGAUAGAACAAGAAAAGAUCAGGUUGCGUAAUAUGGUAAAAGGUCUUUCACAAGAACAAAAGCUUACAAUUAAAUUGAAAACCAAGUUAGAAAAAGAAAUUGCUCAAUUAGAACAAAAAUUAAUUAUUGAAGAACAAAUCAAAAUGCGAUUAACUCAAGCUUUACAGAUAAAAGAUGAUAAAAUAAAUGAAUUAGAAAAGAAACUUGUUACUCUUGAUCAAGAACGUAUUAAGCAGCUAAAAGACAAAGAAAAAGAAUUGAGUAAAAUUGAAAAGGAAUUAAUAAAUAAAUUAACUAGUGGAGAAAAUACUAAGGAAAUUCAUAAAGAAAAAGAAGCUAAACAAAAAGAGAUGAAUGAACUCCAACAAGAAUUAUCAAGAAUUUCAGCUUCUUAUAAUGCCAAUAGAAAAAAACGGAUUCUCAAUCAAGUCAAUAAUUUUCUGAAAGUUAAGGGUGAUUUCCUAACUUUACAAGAAGAAGCUAUUAAAAAACUACAAAAUUGUUGUAAUCAUCUAGAAAGUUCCAUUAAUAAGGAAAAAGAUACUAUUGGUUCUAUUGAAGAUAUAAAAACCUCUAAAUUUAUUGACAAAUAUACUAAAGAAUUUCAAAGUAUUCUUGUAAAAUAUAAUGAUGGAUUAUUAGAGCUGAACAAAAAUUAUUAUUCCUUAAAGAAUGUUGUUCAGGAAAAUAAAGAGUUGAAUUCUUUCAAUCUUGAUAAAUAUAAAAUUUUUAAAUUUGCUACUAAUUCUCAGGAAGGAACCAGAAUUCAAUUAAAUUCUAAUAUGAUGAAAGAAGAUAUAAAUUCAUUAAGAAAGAAUUUGAAUGAAUUAAACCAAAAAAAAAAUGAAUUAAUAAAUUUAGCAACAGUUUAAAUUUAAAUUUAACUAUAUUGAUGGAUUAUAGUACAGUU